AUGAGCUUCCUCGAGGGGUGCAACACCAAGGGUGGCGGCGACAACACGGACGUGGCCGGCGAAGAAACGACGCGACCCAAGUUUUGGAUCGAAUUCCGCACUUUUGACGAUGGCAUGCACGAUGCAGACAAAAGUGCGUCCACAUUGACCUCGUUUCCACAGUUUGCAAGGCUGCCGCCGGAGCUACGACUUAAAAUCUGGGAGUACCUGGUGCAACCGCGCAUCGUCGUCGCGUGCUGCCUGGAACGGGACGGGCGGCUGCCGGAGCGACGCGCGCAGCUACGCAAACGAACGGCCGGAGGGUCUACGGACGGCGACGACGACAGCGACGGGGACGGGGCCGAGGACAGUACCAAUGGAAGCUGCAGCCCCGUGCUGCUGCGUACCAGCCGCGAGGCGCGCAGCGUCGGGCUGCGCUUCUACGAGCUCACGUUUAGCUGGCGCAUCUCGAAGCUGCUGUCGGACACGCCCGUGUCGCAGCCGGCGCGGGUGUGGUUCAAUUUUGCGCUCGACGCGCUGUACCUGACGGGCGAGCUCGAGGCGUUUGACGCCUACGGCUUCAACUCGCCCAUGGUGUACUUUUUGCGCCCCGAGGACACGCGGCGCGUGCGGCACGUCGCCUGCGCCUUUGCCGAGCUGGGCUACCCGCGGCUGGAGAGCGACCAGAUCUUUGGGUGUCUCUGGCACGUCGCGGACCGGUUCCGGGCGGCGGACCGGCUGCUGCUGGCGCUGAGUCCGGGCGAGGAGGAGGUGGCGCACUGCAAGCUGGCGGUCGACGGGGGCCGGCCGGCGGCGCCGGGCACGACGCAGGAGAAGACGAAGAAGCACGUCGUGACGGCGCUGACGGACGAGGACAAUGUGAUGCAGAAGAUUUGGGAGGGCUGGAUGGGCAGCGUCCAGGGAAAAGGCGGCGCGCGAGACGACCGGACGCAGCUGGUGGGGAAGAAAAUGGUGUUGGUGCGAGAGGAGAGCCUCGCGCAUGUGAUUUCUAGUUGCUAG